AUGCAAAUUAAUUCGACAAAGGUUACAGACGAAGAGCUUCGUCAGCUAACUGAAAUUUUAUUUAGCAGAGAAAAUUCUCUGCUUCACCAAAUUUCUGUCAAUUUGCAAGGAAGAACCAGUUCAAACGAUACAAAUGACGUGGCUCCAGAACCCCUUUUGAAAGUAAGUGAUAGAGUAUUUAAUGUAACAACCAUUGCCAAGUUGCGAGCUCUUUUCGACAACUAUCAUAUGGAUACAUCGGUGAAUGAAAACUUCACCGCCGCUGAACUUCAAGAACAAGACGAUUUCUUAGACACUGUGAUGGCAACACAUAUUAUGAAUCUUACAAUGGGAUUUCUUCAAAGCAAAGGAAUUGUAUCAUCUAACCCAAGAAGCCAAAAAGACUUUCUCAAAACAAUUUGGUUUAAACUUUAUGAUCGUGGCCAAGGUGCGCUUGGAAGCUCUGGAUUUGAACAUGUGUUUUUAAAUGAAAUCGACAAAGGUAGAAUUAUUGGUCUUCACAAUUGGGUCUACUUCAGUCAAGGAGAAAGAGCUGGUCAUGUGGAUUACAAAGGAUAUGUAAAUGAACUCGACUUGGAAACUAAAGCAAAAAUCAUCGAAGUUCGUUUCACUUACAAAGAUCUAAGCAAACCAGUUAGUACACUUUUUGUUGGAACAACUCCUGAAUUGGAAAUGGCUUUGUAUACUAUUUGCUUUCAAUUUAGACCUGAUGAGUUGUGUCGGUUGUCGUUGGGAGGAAAGAAUUUUUCCAUCCAAGCUGAUAGAUGGUGGCAGUGUGGUCAGGCUUUGAUUGGCACCACUUAUCCUAACAUUCAAAAUCUAAAAUUAUAUUGAAAAUAAAAGAUGCAC